UCGCGGACUAAAAACUGGCAAAAGACAUUUUUAAAGUUUUUUUUUUGCUAUCGAGGCAAAAGUUGCUGAGAGAAUAUUUGAAACCGAAAUUUUGCGCCUGAAAACACAACAGUCGCAAUUCGCGGCCCUUUACCAUUUCAUCAGCAGUUAUUGGCUUGGAUCGCUCAGCGGAUCAAGCGGAUUCCACAGAGACUGAUCUCAGCAUGCCCAAGCUCUUCAACAGUGUGUACAAUGCCCAAUGCUCGGCUCUGUCGCCACCAGAUCUGAUGGAAGCACAGCCCAAGUUGCUGCCCAAGACACGAAGUAACAGCAGCUCCAGCACCAGUCAACGCAACAGCAAGUAUUGGAUAUUCUCGAUGAUUAUCGAACGCAGCGCAGGUCCCAAGCGUGUGGAAAUUGGCGGUGACGAUAUGGAUACUCCAUUGGAGGCCAUUCUGCCAGCGGAGCCAGCUGCUGAGCAAGUUUGCUUGUUGCGUGACAGUCCUUUCAGGAUACUAAGGAGCAUGACGAGCGACACGGAGGCACCCAAAAGGGAGGUGGUCAUCAGCUCGUUGCGGUUUCUGAUUAACGGUUGGGUGCGCGGCACUGAGCUGACAUCGAUGGGGCCACUGAAUCUGUCCAACAAAUGGGCGCGCAUCUUGCGGAUGUCUUCAGCGCCCAAGAUACACGUCGACGAGUUUAUGCAGGCAGCCGAGUCGGGCAACUUGGAUGAUUUUAAGCGUCUCUACAUCGCGGAUACGACGCGUAUAACGCUGAAAGAUGGCAAAGGACGCACUGCAGCGCAUCAGGCGGCGGCCAGAAAUCGUGUCAACAUAUUGCGCUACAUCUGCGAUCAGCGAGGAGACUUCAAUGCCAAGGACAAUGCGGGCAAUACACCACUUCACAUUGCUGUCGAAUGCGACGCCUACGAAGCAUUGGACUAUUUGCUCUCCAUUCCUGUGGACACCGGCGUGCUGAAUGAAAAGAAACAAGCGCCCGUGCAUCUGGCGACGGAGUUGAACAAAGUGAAGUCGUUGCGUGUGAUGGGUCAGUAUCGGAGUGUUAUCGACAUACAGCAGGGUGGCGAGCAUGGACGCACUGCUCUCCACUUGGCAGCCAUCUAUGAUCACGAGGAGUGUGCUCGUAUCCUGAUUACCGAGUUCGAUGCAUGCCCCCGUAGACCUUGCAACAAUGGUUAUUAUCCCAUACACGAGGCGGCUAAAAACGCCAGCUCCAAGACAAUGGAGGUCUUUUUCCAGUGGGGCGAGCAACGCGGUUGCACUCGUGAGGAAAUGAUAUCGUUCUACGACUCGGAGGGUAACGUGCCACUGCACUCGGCGGUUCAUGGUGGCGACAUUAAGGCUGUGGAGCUUUGCCUCAAAUCUGGCGCUAAAAUAUCAACACAGCAACAUGAUCUCUCGACGCCAGUUCACUUGGCGUGCGCUCAGGGUGCCAUUGAAAUAGUGAAAUUGAUGUUUGAGAUGCAACCCCUAGAGAAGCGGAUUUGCUUGAGCUGCACCGACGUACAGAAGAUGACACCUUUGCACUGCGCCUCAAUGUUUGAUCAUCCGGAUAUUGUUUCUUAUUUGGUGAACGAAGGAGCCGAGAUCAAUGCGCUGGAUAAGGAGCAUCGUUCGCCACUGCUAUUGGCCGCCUCACGUAGUGGCUGGAAGACAGUGCAUCUUUUGAUUCGACUUGGAGCCAGCAUUGAUGUGAAGGAUGCAGCUGCAAGGAAUGUGCUGCACUUUGUCAUCAUGAAUGGCGGUCGCUUAACUGAUUUUGCUGAGCAUGUGGCCAAUUGUCAGACACAGCAGCAGUUGCAAUUGCUGCUCAAUGAGAAGGAUGACAUGGGCUGUUCGCCUUUGCAUUAUGCCAGUCGAGAUGGUCACAUUCGAUCGCUGGAGAAUCUCAUUCGACUGGGCGCUUGUAUUAAUCUGAAGAACAAUAACAACGAGAGUCCAUUGCACUUUGCUGCACGUUAUGGAAGAUACAACACAGUGCGGCAGCUGCUCGACUCCGAGAAGGGUUCGUUCAUUAUCAAUGAGAGCGAUGGCGCUGGGAUGACUCCGCUACACAUUGCUUCGCAGCAAGGACACACACGUGUGGUGCAGCUGCUGCUCAAUCGUGGCGCAUUGUUGCAUCGCGAUCACUCGGGACGGAAUCCGCUCCAGCUGGCUGCCAUGUCUGGCUACACUGAGACAAUUGAGUUGCUGCACUCGGUGCACUCGCAUCUGCUCGAUCAGGUGGACAAGGAUGGGAACACAGCACUUCACUUGGCCACAAUGGAAAACAAGCCGCAUGCCAUCUCUGUGCUCAUGUCCAUGGGCUGCAAGCUGGUCUACAAUGUGCUGGACAUGAGUGCCAUCGACUAUGCCAUCUACUACAAGUAUCCAGAGGCAGCGUUGGCUAUGGUCACGCAUGAGGAGCGUGCCAACGAGGUGAUGGCACUGCGAUCCGACAAGCAUCCUUGUGUCACCCUGGCGCUGAUUGCAUCGAUGCCGCGGGUAUUUGAGGCAGUGCAGGAUAAAUGUAUAACAAAGGCGAAUUGUAAGAAGGAUUCGAAAAGUUUCUACAUUAGAUACUCAUUUGCAUUCUUGCAAUGCCCCUUUAUGUUUGCUAAGAUCGAUGAGAAAACCGGAGAGCCAAUUAUGACAUCCAAUCCCAUUCCAUUGCCGGCGCUGAAUACUAUGGUGACCCAUGGCAGAGUUGAGUUGCUUGCUCAUCCGCUCAGCCAAAAGUAUCUGCAAAUGAAGUGGAACUCGUAUGGCAAAUACUUUCAUUUGGCCAAUCUGCUUGUGUACUCUAUCUUUCUGGUCUUUGUCACUAUCUAUUCCUCGCUGAUGAUGAACAACAUUGAGCUGCGUUCGAAUGGCAAUGAAACCACCAACAAAUACUGUCAGGGCAGCUGGGAUGAAUUGGCCAGGAACCUUUCAAAGGAUCCUCUAGCUGCAGCUCGUUUGCGUCGUGACUCUUGUGUCGAACACAUCAAUCGCACCAACUGCAUUCUCUUCUGUGCCGUCGUCAUUGUCGUCUACAUUUUGCUCAAUUCGGUGCGCGAAUUCAUACAGAUCUAUCAGCAGCGUCUGCACUAUUUAGUUGAGACAGUCAACAUCAUCUCUUGGGUGCUCCAAAUCUCUGCGCUGGUCAUGGUUGCGCCCACCUUUAAGCCAGGUGGCGAGAUCACCACGGUUCACUACUCGGCUGCUGCGAUCGCUGUCUUUUUGUCCUGGUUCCGCUUGCUGCUCUUUCUGCAACGCUUCGAUCAGGUGGGAAUCUAUGUGGUGAUGUUCUUGGAGAUUCUGCAGACGCUCAUCAAGGUGCUGAUGGUAUUCUCCAUACUGAUCAUUGCCUUUGGACUGGCGUUCUACAUACUGCUCUCGAAGAUAAUCGACUCGCAGCCGAAUCAUUUGUCCUUCUCGAACAUACCCAUGUCUCUACUGCGUACUUUCUCGAUGAUGCUGGGUGAGCUGGACUUUGUGGGCACCUAUGUGACCACUUACUAUCGUGAGCAGCUCAAGGUCCCGAUGACAUCAUUCUUGAUACUGAGCGUAUUCAUGGUCUUAAUGCCCAUUCUAUUGAUGAACUUGCUCAUCGGUUUGGCCGUUGGUGACAUCGAGUCAGUGCGUCGAAAUGCCCAGCUGAAGCGUCUGGCCAUGCAGGUAGUGCUGCACACGGAGUUGGAGCGCAAGUUGCCACAUGUGUGGCUGCAGCGUGUGGACAAAAUGGAGCUGAUUGAGUAUCCCAAUGAUACAAAGUGUAAACUUGGCUUUUUGGACUUCAUACUACGCAAAUGGUUCUCAAAUCCCUUCACCGAUGAUUCUGCAAUGGAUGCGUUUGGCUUUGACAACAACGAUGAUUUGGUUAAUGCAGAGCUGGAGCGACAACGUCGCAAGUUGCGGGACAUUAGUCGCAUGUUGGAACAGCAGCAUCAGUUGGUGCGUCUGAUUGUCCAGAAGAUGGAGAUUAAAACGGAGGCGGAUGACGUCGAUGAAGGUAUCUCGCCCAAUGAAUUGCGGUCAGUUGUGGGUCUCAGUUCGGCGGGUGGCAAUCGUUGGAACUCACCGCGUAUACGCAAUAAAUUGCGGGCAGCUUUGAGCUUCAACAAGGGCAUGUAAAGAGAAGGGGAGAGGGGCAAGGCAUCAAUGCCACAUCAUAUCUAAGCAAAGAUCGUAGAGUAGUGCAAUUUUCAAUCCCAGUAGUCAAAAGUAUACCCAACUAUAUGUAUUGUAUUGAUAUCUGUUAACUGAAACUGAGAGCAACUUGAGUCAUGGAAUUACGAAAAGGAAUCAACGAAUUUAAACGGCUAAAGCUGAGAGUCUUUUAUGCAAGUUAAACGGAAUUAUAUUCAACCCUUCUAUUUAUAAAAUAAUCUAUACUUAAAUGUCAUUCGAAAUGAUUCGUCUUU